ACGUCACAGCUUGAAGAUACGCCCACCAAGCUUUUCCUUAAACUACAUACAUUUCCGGAAAGUUUUUUUUGCUGCUACUGCUUCACCGUCUUCGUGCUGUGUUAAGGUUGUAAAGACAGAUAAAAAUUCACAAUAAUGAGCGAAAUAAAGCCAAACGAUUCUGCUGCCACUGCAGACACCGGGGAGGAAACAGACUGGGCCGCCGCCAAAGCUUUCUUUGACAACCUCAAAACAAACAAACCGAGACCUCCCAAACCCAGGAAUGCUGUCACCAUCGCAGUUUCCUCUCGCACCCUCUUCAACAUGGUGGCAGAGAGGAAGAUCUAUGAGGAUGAGGGAAUGGAGAAAUACGUGGCUUAUCAGGUGGAGCAUGAAAAUGAGCCUCUAAAGCCAGGAGCUGCUUAUCCCUUCGUUAAGGCUCUGAUGAACGUCAACUCUCGCCUGAGGGAGCUCUACCCAGACAGUGAGGAGUUGUUUGACAUCGUCUUAAUGACUAACAACCAUGCCCAAGUUGGAGUGCGCCUCAUAAACAGCAUUAAUCACUAUGAUUUGACCAUAGAGAGAUUCUGCAUGACGGGAGGGAAAAGUCCUACAGGCUACCUGAAGGCCUAUUUGACAAAUCUUUACCUGUCCAAGGACUCAGAGAAAGUCACAGAAGCCAUAGAAGAAGGCAUUGCUGCUGCCACAAUGUUUAUGCCCGAAACGGAGACUGAGCUGAGCGAAACUCAGCUGAGAGUGGCGUUUGAUGGAGACGCCGUCCUCUUCUCAGACGAGUCAGAGAUCAUUGUGAAGAAACACGGCCUGGACACUUUCUUUGAGCACGAGAAGGAGUUUGAGAACAAACCUCUCGCUCAGGGUCCCUUAAAGUGUUUCCUGGAGGCUUUGGGGAAGCUCCAGAGAAAAUUCUAUGCCAAGAACGAGCGUAUGAACUGUCCCAUCCGAACCUUCCUGGUCACAGCCCGCAGCGCUGCCAGCUCAGGAGCCCGUGUCCUGAAGACCCUCCGCAGCUGGGGCCUGGAAAUCGACGAGGCCCUCUUCCUGGCUGGAGCUCCUAAAGGACCCCUCCUGCAGAAAAUCAAACCACACAUCUUCUUCGACGACCAGAUGUUCCACAUUGAGGGGGCCAAGGAACUGGGAACCAUAUCUGCACACGUCCCCUAUGGGAUCGGACAGAAGUACCACAAGGGGAAACUCAUCGAGCAGCCUGCAAAAAAGGAGUGAUCUUAUAACGAAGGGAGGGUUAAAAUAUUAAAUAUGCACUACGUUGUCAUCUGCAUAUGGAAAGAUUUUGCUCUAAAAUGCUGUGUUCUGGCUAAAUGAUUGAUAAAAAAACAAGAAUUUUUAGAGUAUUGUUAAUAAAUUGGAGUUUUGUAAAGCAUUUUCUACUAUUUCCUUUAUGAUCUGGUAUAAUUGCGUAUUGAGAGAAUAUAUUUCAAAGCAAGAGUUUAGUUUUACACUAGUAGUUGUUCACUCUUUCACUUAAAUACUAGUUUGAAGAAAAAUACCAGAUUCUUUGCCCAUCUGUGCCUUUUAGCCUUAUCUGUGUGCAUGUUUACCUUUCGGAAAGGUUUACUCUCAUUUGCAUAGUAUUCAUUUUUAUACCAUAGACAUGUUUAUUUUAUUCAUCAAGGUUUUUAGCUAAUGGUCCUUGGUAUAUUAAGUAUCAUGAGGGCCAAAAAAUGUUUCUGCUGCUUUUUUUAAUGCACAAGAUCGUUCAUAAACUCACAAAACGGCAACAAAAAUGUUCUAAACUUUUGGUGUUUCUGCAAUAAUCUCACUCAAUAAUGGGGCCCAUAAAUAUUUGGGCUGUAAGUUUAAAAGGGAUGUUUAUCAGGGUAGGAUCUCAUGCUUAUGCUGUCUGUCUCGGUUACUGUUUUUGCUGUUGAUGCGCACAAACUAUAUAAAUGUUACACACUAUAUUUUUCCUCAAACUUUCACUGUCAUGUUCUGUGAGCUGUUUACGCUUUGAGACUGUAUCUGCACAUCAGGCAACACACUGUAACUACACUUUUCUGUCAUGUUAUCCUGUUUUUUAUAUGAGUACACAUGUAUGUUGUGUGAUUGCAUUUUUAUGUAUCUCAGUGUAAGAAUAUCAUUGAAAUGUGUGAAAGGCCAUCUAGUUACACUUGUUUUUAAAUACUCAUACUCAAUACAAUAUAAUAACUGGUAACAUUUCUCUGUAUUUUGCAUUGAUUGUAUUCAUGUUGUAACAGUAACUUGAUUUUUGCACCAUUCCAAUGCUCUGAUUUCGUAUUUCUGUCAAGCCUUUCACCUUAUCAUGCCUAGUACUGACUGUACUGAAUACAGAGGAUGUGUUUUGAUGAAUAAAGGAAUGUGGAGGAACCCCA